UCCUCUUCUCCUUUGGCCCAUCGGCGGCGUCGACUCUGCCCACUGACGCAAAGACGUCAGCAGUCGGGAGGCGGAAAAACGGUUUCUGUGUGUGGCGAUAAAACACUAACCGGGUAGUUUUGACUGCGGAAGCUCGCGCUGGCUCCCUUGGCCACAACAUAGCCGCCUGUUCCCUGCUGAAAUGUCCGGUUCCGCCGGUCAGGCGGAGCUGCAGAUGGACCGCGGCGCCCUGAGCAGCCCGAACCUUCCCCCACCAAACAUUGAUAUCGACGAGGAAGAGUUGGAGAACAUCACGAAGAAACACCGGGAGGAAGACUCCGAGACCCUGCCGCUGCACUCACCCUGGACCUUUUGGUUAGACAGAUCAUUACCGGGCACAACAGCUGCACAAUGUGAGUCAAAUCUCAAGAAGAUCUACACAGUCCAGACAGUCCAGCUCUUCUGGAGUGUCUACAACAACAUCCCUCCGGUGUCUGCCCUGCCCCUAAGAUGUAGCUACCACUUAAUGCGCGGGGAGCGACGGCCGCUCUGGGAGGAGGAAAGCAAUGCAAAAGGAGGAGUGUGGAAGAUGAAAAUACCAAAGGAAAGCACACCUGCAGUUUGGAAAGAAUUGUUACUUGCCACCAUCGGGGAGCAGUUUGCAGAUUACUGUGCCGCAGACGACGAGGUUGUCGGUGUCAGCGUUAGCGUUCGAGAUCGGGAGGAUGUUGUUCAAGUGUGGAAUAGAGACGCCUCUCUGGCUAAUGAAGCGACUAUCUUGGGAAAGGUCCAUGAACUCCUGCCGUGUAUUUCCUUUAAAGCUGUAUUUUAUAAAUCACACAUGGAACAUCAUGCCUUCGAGGGAGGCCGCUCAAGACAUUAGAUAAUGCACUUUAAAACAAAGAGAAACCUUGACCUCUCCACGACCUUCACAAGGGUAUUAUUUUAUAUUCAAUUUUAAAAAAAGUUAUCAAUAUAUUUUUAUAGUUAUGACAGACUUGAUGCCUUGUUUUAUUUUCACCUGGGUCCUUUUAGAAAGCCUGUUCAGCACAAAUCCAUUUCAUUUAGCGUUAUCAUAAAUGUAGAUUUAAGGGGUAGCCAUUCUUUUAGUUUUCAAUAUGCUACUGUUCUUUGGCACUAGUUCUGCUGAUUAUGUUCUUUAUGUAUUGAGAACUGAGGAAUAAAAUGUCAGAUUUGUGUUGCUUGACAGCACAGAGUUCUCUAGAAAUGGUGCCUCAAUGAAUGUUCACAGGUUUUCAAUAAACUUCUGAAAGGAUGUAUCUGCUUUUCCACUUGUUAUGUUAUGUUCUGUGGUAUUUCAGUGACAUGAAAAUGCAGAUUCGUCUGGUGAACUGAUUCAAAGUAAUUGAAUGGGGAGAAAAGGAGAGGGAAAAAAACACUUGACAUCAGAUGGCAUGUUUUCUAAGGGAUGAGGUGCACUUAUGUGGGUCGAUUAAAUAGUUGCUGCUAACUCCGGAUUCUUCUUUGACUGACUUGAAUAACUCUGAUGUGAACCCAGGCAGUGAGAGUGUUCAAUUCAUGAACAUUUUGAGUUUAUUUUUUUCUGCACUGUGUAUAUUGCUCAUGAUUUCAUUCACAGGUAAAAGUCCACAAAAAUCCAUAAAAAUCAAGUGGUGUAUUUGCCCAAUUCCAACUUGCUUGUUCUCCCAUCUUCGGAAACAGUAAUGUCGAUUCUGGACUAUAAGCAAACAACGUGGCUAGUAAAUGGAUUUUUAUGGUGAAAUGAGCUCCAUGUCGUCAAAAUAUUGAGCCUGGUCACAUCAAACCAGUGAAAUCACUGGCAUUUUAUUUAGCUCAAAAUACGUUUUUGCCCACAUGUCCUUCGUGACUGCCUGUGGUGCCGGAACUUUGGACUCGUGAGCGAAAACCGUGCAUUUUGAGCACUAUUAUUUUUACUAUUGCCGAGUUUGUGUCAAGAAUCGGUCUCGAUGCUGGACCCCGUUUUCAAAACGGAGCAUUUUUAAACCGGGAUCGUGGAAAAUCAUCAUCCGUUUUCCUUCUUAAAUUUAGUGCGCCAUAUAGUCAGCAUUUUACGGUACUUCUUAUAAGUACCGUAUAUUCCGGGCUAUAAGCCACUACUUUUUUCUCGCGGCUUAUACAACGCUGCUGAUAU